AAACAUUCCUGAAGAUAUUGCAUUCGCUGAAUCUCGUAUUAGAGCUGAAACUAUUGCAGCGGAAGAUAUAUUACAUGAUAUGGGUGCGAUUAGUAUUAUCAGUUCUGAUUCUCAAGCUAUGGGUAGAGUAGGUGAAGUUGUGCUUAGAACCUGGAAAACUGCUCAUAAAAUGAAAUCACAAAGAGGAAGAUUAGGCACCGAUAGUGAUGGACCAGCCGAUAAUUUCAGGAUAAAGCUUGGCUCAAUUGAAGUAGGAAAAGUUGCAGAUCUUGUUAUGUACUCUCCGGCCUUCUUUGGUACAAAACCUGAAGUCAUAAUCAAAUCUGGAAUAAUUGUCUGGUCACAAAUGGGUGAUGCGAAUGCUUCUAUUCCAACUACGCAACCCGUUAUCUCAAGACCAAUGUUUGGUGCUUAUGGUG